AUGGACGCGGGUCCAACCUCCGACACCAAAAACAACAUCACAUACGUUCACUCAAUCUCUCAUGCCGGCCGUCUUCUCCCAUCGUCGAGCCGUUGGAAUUCCAUCGAGAUCGAUUACAACCUUCUCCCUCAACCUCGAGACCCUUCCGACUACGAAUCACUCCCUUCCCGAUUCUCUAAAUCCGUUGAUUUCAAUCUAACCGUCACCAAUAAAGACCUCCUAAAACGCUUUAUUUUCACGGCGUCUACCUUUGUUUCGCUUGCCGUUGUUCUCUAUCUCUUGGCGCGUUUCUUGCCAAACAAACAACAUCAUCGUGGCCUCUCGAAAAACCUAACCGCAACGCUUCAAGAUGCUCUACUUUUCUUUGACGCUCAGAAAUCUGGGGUAUUGCCAAAAGACAAUAUCGUGAAGUUUCGAGGCGAUUCUGGAUUACUUGACGGGAACGCGAGUCUCGUCGGUGGAUUUUACGACUCAGGAAACAACAUCAAGUUUAGUUUUCCUACGGCCUAUACGAUCACGUUGUUGAGUUGGUCUGUAAUCGAAUAUCAUAAAAAAUACGAAGAUAUAGGCGAACUCGAUCACAUCAAGAACAUUAUCAAAUGGGGGAGCGACUAUUUGCUCAAGCUUUUCAUCCCUUCGAAUGAAACUUCUCCGGCUUCAAGUACUUUGAUUUCACAGGUCGGAGGUGACGACGAUAUCAGUUGUUGGCAAAGACCCGAAGAUAUGAGAUACAAAAGGCCAGUUUUCAGUUGUGAUGAGACGGCCUCAGAUUUGGGCGGAGAGAUUAUCGCAGCACUUUCAGCGGCAUCGUUAGUGUUCAAGGAAGACGGAAAAUAUUCAACGAGCUUAAUGAAAAUGGCGACGGAAUUAUUUGACAUCGUCACAAAAGAAGAGGCCGGGUUUGUUCAAGGUACGUAUACGAUGAAAGACGGGUGUGGGGCACAAGCAAGACAGUUCUAUAACUCAACAGGAUACAAAGAUGAGUUAGUAUGGGGAGGGACUUGGUUGUUUUUCGCGACGGGAAAUACGAGCUAUCUUAGAUACGCUACCGAAUACCUAGUUAUGGCCGAAGAAGAAGAAUUAUCGGUCGAUAAAGGCGUUUUCUAUUGGAAUAACAAGCUCCCGGCUAUCGCGGUUUUGUUAUCGAGGCUCAGGUUCUUCUUUGAUCUUGGAUACCCAUAUGAAGAAUCGUUCAUAUUAUCAACUAACAACGUUGAUUCAUUCAUGUGUUCAUAUCUAUCUCCGCUUGCUCGUAAAACACAAGGCGGGUUGAUAUUCUUAAAGCCGGAUCACUACGCACCCCUUGAGUAUGCCGUGAUGGCUUCUUUUCUUAGCUCAUUGUAUGGUGACUAUCUUGAUCUUCUUCAUAGGUCUGGUAGCAGUUGCGCAGAUGGUACUAGUUUUUUGGUUGAAAAUCUGCGGGGUUUCUCCUUGUCUCAGGUUAGCUACAUACUUGGCGACAACCCAAUGAAAAUGAGCUAUGUAGUAGGGUUUGGAAACAACUACCCAAAACAUGCUCACCAUAGGGGUGCAUCAAUCCCAUGGGAUAAUCAAUGGCAUUCUUGUGCUCAAGGGAGUGCAUGGUUGAACUCGAAACAACCGAAUCCCAACGAGCUUUUCGGAGCCAUGGUUCGAGGACCUGAUCGAGAUGAUGUGUUCUUAGAUGAAAGGGACAAACCCUGGUUCACUGAACCAACCAUUUCAAGUAAUGCUGGUCUAGUUGCGGCACUCAUUGCACUCCUUGAUCUUCGGAACCCAUCUUCAACCUUGAAUCGUGCAGAUUUAUUAGUGUUCGCGGUUGUUAAGCGUCCUCGUUAA